ACUUUCAUUCAAGUGCUGAUCGUCCCACCACAAACGUGACUCUGGGCCACAACACCGCGUCUGGUCCAAACCCAAAUGCAGUUACUGUGACACUUGAAAAAAUCAUCUGCCAUCCCGAUUACAAUCCUGCAACAUAUGAGAAUGACAUGUGCCUCCUGCAGCUGUCGACUCCUGUGAAUUUCACAGACUACAUUCAGCCAGUCUGCUUAGCCUCAGACGGCAGCACUUUCAACAAUGGCACCAGCAGCUGGGUCACUGGCUUUGGUACCCUAGAAAGUAAUGGUCCCACCCCAGAGAUUCUGCAGGAGGUGAAUGUACCAAUAGUGGGAAACAACGAGUGCAGAUGCGAAUUACAAAACUUCGCUGCAAUCACAGAUAACAUGAUCUGUGCUGGACUGAAAAAUGGCGGGAAGGAUUCAUGUCAGGGAGACUCGGGGGGACCACUUGUGACAAAAGAUAAUAGCGGUAUCUGGAUCCAGAGUGGAGUCGUGAGUUUUGGUGAAUUCUGCGCCCUGCCUAAUAGUCCUGGAGUCUACGCUCGUGUGUCCCAGUACCAAAACUGGAUCAGCACCACCGUCACCGGAACACCACCAGGCUUUGUUAACUACUUCACCCUGGACAUUGACUCUGACUUAUUCUUCACCUGCCCCACAUCAACACCACCCACUACAGAUACACCACCCACCACCCCAUGUGACAGUGACAGUUUGUUUUGCAGUGGUGAAAACCUGAUCCACUUCACUCACUUCACCUCUCUCUGUGUUCUUGUUGUGUUGCUCCAAGUGUUUUUUGGAAGUGGUGGAAUGUAACUCAACACAUUUACUAGUCCUGUACUCAAAUACUAAGUUGAAACAAUCAUUACUCCAAUAGAUUUAUGGGACAGCUUAAGUUUCUGGGCACUUCACAAGGGAAAGGAAACAGUUAUUAGUAGAAAUUAGACUAACUGUUGAUACCAUAAGAGAAGAAGAAGUGGACAGUUUAAACAUUUGGACAUGAAAUAUUUGUUUAUCUGAAAAUGGCAACAAUUUCUUAUAUCCUGUUUCUCAAUUACAGUGAUUGGCUAAUCUUUAUCUGAUGUAUUUCCAUGACUUCAGUAAUGAUUUAAAACUACAGCCUGGCAAUUUUGAAGUAAUACAUUCAAAAACAUUUUUUAGUAAUUCUCUUUAAAUGUUAUCACGUUAUAUAUGGGCAUAUAUCUGUGGUCUGUUCAAAUCUUGUUUUGGUAUGCUGACACUUUUGAUGAUUAAAACAUGCAAUUUUAAAAUACUA